GAAUCAUGCCCAUUUUGUAUUUAUGCAUGGUUCUUGACUUUAUAAACUGAUCAAUGUUGUGGCAAAAUAAUGACUGAUAAAGAAUAUCAGACUACCGUCUCACCAGAGCUGGUGGUGAACUAUUGAUUUUAAUUUGUUAAAGAACUUAAUGCCUAUUCAGACUGUUUGACGACAAACACUCCAGUUUGCAUUCAGAAUUGUCUCAUGUAUUAAUCAAUGUCAUUUGCAGCUUAUUAAAGAGCUGGAGCGUCUUCGUCAUUGCAUUACCGCUCUCUGCCAGGUUGAGCCUUGUUUCCAGGGAAACAGGAAAUCAGAAGCUUUCAAUACUCAGAGACAACGCUGAAAUCCAAGGACCUCCGUCUACAACGAAGGCUUCUAGAAAACAAACCUCAAAACAGAGAUAAAUAUGCUUUGGAUCUGAUACAUGUUGUUUUUCUUGAUUGGGAUGAACCAAACCUAAACAGAAAUACUAGUGCUCAGAAUACAGAAAAUGUGCACAGCUCUGGGACUACAUGGAAAUGCCAAGGAUACACCUAUCUCCAAAUGAUUAGAAGCUCAGCUUCUCACGUUCAUAUUCUGUUUUGAAAAAAUAAUCACAAAAUUAACUUUGGUAUAAGUUAUGCCUGUGUGACCAUAGUGAAGGACAUCAUGAUGGAUAACAAACUGCCCGAAUCUUGCAAGCAUACAAAAACAGUGGCCCUUGAAGAGAUCCAUGCCGACUCCCAGGCUGCAGAGCCCAAAGCUGGUCAGAUCCACUCAACAGUGCUGAGUUGCUCAACAGUGGUGGUGGAUUUAAGCCCUGGAUCAGGUGAAGGACCCACGCGUAGGGAACGCUUUAAAUCAGACUUGCAACAAGCCAGCCAAGAAAUCACAAUCCUGGUAACCAAUCAUGAGUCACCGGAGACAGAAAUGGAGGAAAAUGAAUGUAUUGGAGAAAGUGACGCCGAUCCUGAGUUUAUAGUGCCGAGUGAGGAGGACAGUCUGGAUGUAUCCAAGGUGGUGGCAGACUUGAUAGAACUCAGCCAAAUGCAAGAGACUUGUUUGAUCAACAAUAGUUCAGCAGAGCAAAGCACUGAUGAAUGCAGAGAGAGCCACAAAGGAGAAACACAAGCUAAAAGUGAAUAUGAGAACAAAUCCCAAUCUGAAGAGGGAGUCAUUUCAUCUGACUCAGAGGAUCUUAAGAGGUCAGAAAAAACAGUGAGCGAUGUGGCAAUAAAUCAAGGGAAAUCCUUGGAAAAGAGCGACUCAGAUUGGGACAAGUUACCUAGACAACAACAGCACAUACAGACACAGGUCAGCCUAGAGGUUAUAUACCACUCAGCAGCCACCAGCCCCAUGACCCCUCCAGAAGGUUCCACUGCUUUCUUCUUCCCCUACUGUCUUAACAAGCUGGGCAAAGGUGAAGGGAGUGAAUUGGUUCCAGUGGAAACCAAGGAUGCCGAGCUGGCAGUACAGACUUGCUCAGUGGCCACUGCUCCCAUGACCCCUGUGGCUAUAAAUGCACCAAAGCUACUGGUAGAAACUCGUUCAAUUGCAACAUCACCCAUUACAACAAUCGCACCUGAACUACAGAUAGAGACUCGUUCGAUUGCCACAGCUCCCAUGACACCCAUUGCAACUACUGCACCUGAACUACUGGUGGAGACUCGAUCAGUUGCUACAUCUCCAAUGACGCCCAUAACAACAGUUGCACCCGAACUAUCGGUAGAGAUCCGAUCAGUUGCUACAGCUCCCAUGACACCAAUAGCAAAAACUGCACCCGAGCUAUCUAUAGAGACCCGAUCAGUUUCUACAGCUCCCAUGACACCCAUAGCAAAAACUGCACCCGAGCUAUCUGUAGAGACCCGAUCAGUUGCUACAGCUCCCAUGACACCCAUAGCAAAAACUGCACCCGAGCUAUCUGUAGAGACCCAAUCAGUUGCUACAGCUCCCAUGACACCCAUAGCAAAAACUGCACCCGAGCUAUCUGUAGAGACCCGAUCAGUUGCUACAGCUCCCAUGACACCCAUAGCAAAAACUGCACCCGAGCUAUCUGUAGAGACCCGAUCAGUUGCUACAGCUCCCAUGACACCCAUAGCAAAAACUGCACCCGAGCUAUCUGUAGAGACCCGAUCAGUUGCUACAGCUCCCAUGACACCCAUAGCAAAAACUGCACCCGAGCUAUCUGUAGAGACCCGAUCAGUUGCUACAGCUCCCAUGACACCCAUAGCAAAAACUGCACCCGAGCUAUCUGUAGAGACCCGAUCAGUUGCUACAGCUCCCAUGACACCCAUAGCAAAAACUGCACCCGAGCUAUCUGUAGAGACCCAAUCAGUUGCUACAGCACCUAUGACAGCCAUUGCAACAGUUGCACCAGAACUACAGGUUGAGACUUGCUCAGUGACCACUGCUCCCAGGGCACCCAUUAUUAAAAUUGCACCUAAAUUGCAAAUAGACACUCGUUCAGUUGUUUCCAUGACACCAACAGCAACAACUGCACCUGACUUACAGGUCGAAACUCAUUCAGUUGCCACAGCUCCCAUGACACCCAUAAUAACAGUCGCACCAGGGCUACAGAUAGAGUCUCGGUCAGUUGCAACAGCCCCCAUGACCCCAGUUGCCAAAACUGCACCUGAACUACAGGUUGACACUCACACUGUAGCCACAACUCCCAUGACACCCAUAGCAACAAGGGCACCUGAGCUCCGAGUAGAAACACGUUCAAUUGCCACAGCUCCCAUGACCCCCAUAGCAAGAAGGGCACCUGAACUACGGGUAGAAACUCGUUCAAUUGCAACAGCUCCCAUGACUCCCAUAGCAACAAGGGCACCUGAGCUACAGGUAGAAACCCGUUCAAUUGCCACAGCUCCCAUGACCCCCAUAGCAACAAGGGCACCUGAACUACGGGUAGAAACCCGUUCAAUUGCGACAGCUCCCAUGACACCCAUAGCAACAAGGGCACCUGAGCUACAGGUAGAAACCCGUUCAAUUGCCACAGCUCCCAUGACACCUAUAGCAACCAGGGCUCCUGAGCUACGGGUAGAAACUCGGUCAAGUGCCACAGCUCUCGUGGGUCCAAUCAUCUUAAGCUCACCUGAGCUGAUCCCAGAGCCAGAGCCAAGGGUCAUAUCAUGUUCAGAGGACCCACCUGAACCAGUACAGGAACUUUGUUGGGAUGAGAAAGGCAUGACAUGGGAAGUCUAUGGUGCCAUGGUUGAGGUAUCUGUCCUGGGCUCAGCAAUCCAGAAGCACCUGGAGAAACAGGUUCUGAAGAAGCAAAUAAAACCACAUGAUACCUCAUCCAAUCAAACGUUGCCUUUAUGCACCACUGACACUUCCACUCCUAUUCAUUCCACCCCACCUGCAUUGUCAGCAUCCAGUCGGUGUAGCUCGGCAAAAGGUAGCAGGAAAAAGGAUGAGAGAAAAGGAAAAAGAGGCAGACAAAGGCGAAAUCCUAUUCGCUUAUUUUUCAGAAACUUCAGAAGGCCAAACUGCUGCUCCCGGGUACAUGCUGAUUAGAUGUAUUGAAGAGACAGUACUUUGAAAUUGCAAUAGUAAGAGAUUUAAUUUGUGGCAAUCCAGUUGGAAGACAAUCCAGUUUUUCUCUAUGUUUUAAGUAUUGGAUUAUAUAUAAAGAUUUUCUCAACUGAUAAACUUCUGACUGGGAAACUCUCCCCAGUGGCAUGAUGGGUUUUUUUUUAAUUAUUCUUUCUUAUUGUGUGUCAUUUGUGAAAUAAUCCUAAAAUAUUUUAUGAAGGGAUUAUAAAGCGAAUCAAAUGAUUGGUGAAAUGUCUUCAAGAUUACAAAGCGAGUUCAGCUACACUGAUUUAAUAGCUGAACAUUUCAAUGAUGCAACUUUCACAGACAUUUCCAGUUCUGGACUCAAAUCAAUCAUCCAGCUUCAGCAGAGAAUCAAAUUCCCAGAAUCCUUGAGUAUCAAGAUCAUGAGUGUGAUUUCUUGUUUAAAGUGGAUCAACCAGUGAAACAUCAACGAGCAGACAGAAGCCUCCGAUCAUGGUUACCCCUUGUUGGAUGGGGAAAGUGCUAACCUUCACACUUUUUACUGCAGAUAUAUUGUUAUUUUCUUUGCAAUUGGGAUGAAGCCUACAGAGUUGCAUACUAAAGUGUAAAUUUAAGAGGGAUUUGGAUACUUUCUAUAUUUCAGAACUCCCCUUGAAUCCCUCUUUAAUAGAGUGACUGAAAGGACCCUUAAGUGUGCCAGAUCUUUUAUUUUCCUUUGGAGUGUAAUUAGCUAAGGGUUUGAUGAUAUACAAGUGCAUAGACAAUCCUAGCUUUUUGCUUAGCAGUUAUUUUUAGUGGUUUUUAGCCUUUCACAUUAUUUUUUAAAUGUUUCACAGGUCUAAGUGUCCUUUACCCUAUGUUCACUCUACCAAGUGACAGAAUGGUGACUGCUCAUUGUCUUUGUACAUGCAUGGUACAAUUCUGUGAAUAUCAUUGGUAGCAAUCAGUGACAAAAGCACUUACAGUUGAACUGAGAUUUUCUCAAUCUUAUAUAAAUUGUACGUUUGAAUGCAACAAACUCAAACAAUUGGCUAAAGUGAACAAUUUCCUUACCCACAUUUUAGUUCCUACUUACAAUUACAUCCCAAGUACUGUUUGAUGUGCAAAUUGUACUAUUAGUUAAACAUGUAUUGAGACAUUAUAAAGAAAAAAUAAAGCUUGAAAGAAAGUAGCAGAAUUUAUUGUUUUCUCUGGUACGUGCAUGUGGCUAGUAUAGUGUGCUUGCUUUACUACUCUGCCUAUGAAUCAAACAACUAAUUUUCAUUGAUUCAUUUAUUAUUCAUUUUGUGUUUAUCCAGUUAGUUUUAGAAGCUAAAUAUAUAAAUAUUAUUGUUUCUUAGAAUGUUGGACAGGCCACACCCACUGCAGUCACUACACACCCUUGUUACUUGCUAGUGUGAAUGCAGGGCUAUGUACUCUUGUUGUGUAAUACUAUCGUAAUCAGAAUCAUCUGCACAUAUCUAAGAUGCUUUUAGGAAUCGUGAUUAAUUAAAUAAAAAAAAGUGUAACAGCUUCUAGUUUCAGAUGGAUUUCAUGACCAUAGACUUGGAGGAAGUGACUUUUGGAUGAAACCUGAGUAAUUUAUUAAUAUGAUAUUUUAACAGCCUUUGUUUUCAGAUGAUGUUUCUUUAGUCAUCCUGUAAAUGUGUUUCUUUCUUGCACUCCGUGACAAAGAUGCAAUGGUUAUUUGUAUUUCGUCAUACAUUAUAGGCAUCACAACCAUACACAUCAAUCAUCAAGCUCACUCAUGUAACUGUUAUGCAUAAAUACAUUAAAAACACAUAAAUAAAUUAUAGUUUCAAAUAUUUACAUUGCUACUGCUUAAAAUAAAUUUAAAAAAAAGCAAUUUCCCAUGCAAUAGAAAUGGCCUAUUUAUCUUCAACUUUUAAUUUCAACUUAUAAAUGUUUUUAAUGCAUUUAGUGACUGAGUUAAAGAAAUAUUUUUAAAAAAUUUCUUUUAAUAUCGAUUAUCAGCCUAUUAGUAGCAUGUGGUGUUAUUUGGAAUCAUCGAAGAUAAAAUGGAUCAAAAAGUUAUGCUAAGAAAAUACAGGUACAAUUUGCAUCUGGGGAAAAUAUUAAUGAUAAGUCUAUGGUUUAAAGGAAUAAAUGAGUGUUUAUUUGAACAAACAAAUAAAUAAAUAA